AUUUUAGACGGGCCAGCCAAUCUUUCACCACCUUCCCCCAUUUCUUCUCCCCAUCCUCUCUCUCUCUCUCUCUCUCUCUCUCUCUCUCUCUCUCUCUGCCUGCAAUCUUUUUUAAUUGUCUUUGCAGGCCAAUAAAAUCACCACCACCACCACAACCAUCAUCAUCGUCGUCACAUCUAAUUUUUGGCAAUUCCAAUCGAUCUCAGCUUAGUGGGUGCCAUGGAAAGGAGAUUUAGCAACAACCCUUUUGUAAAUGACCAAGAAGACAAUGAAAAUUCACCGGAAAACAGCGCCGAUUCGCCACGCUCCGCCACCUUCACCGACAGCAAGACCGCUUCUACCUCCUCCCCUAAAAGAAGGAGAGAUGCGCAGAAAAGAGUGGUGUCAGUGCCAAUCAGAGACGUUGAAGGGUCGAGGCUGAAGGGGGAGAGUGCUCCACCGUCUGAUUCGUGGGCUUGGAGGAAGUACGGUCAGAAACCCAUCAAAGGGUCCCCUUAUCCAAGAGGGUACUAUAGAUGCAGUAGUUCCAAAGGCUGCCCAGCCAGAAAGCAAGUUGAGAGGAGCCGUGUGGACCCCACUAUGCUAGUGGUCACUUACUCCUCCGAGCACAACCACCCUUGGCCGGCAUCUAAAAAUCACCACCGUCACCACCACAAUCAACAAAUCGAAGGGACUAUUGUCACUGCCACCACCACCACUGCCGCAGAAGUCACAUCCAUCUCCCCUACUACAGUUUCGAAUUCUGAUGACGAAAAGACGAUGAUUUUCGAAAAUGAACUUCAUAAAUUCGGGAAUUUGGGAGAAGAUUCUUUAAUUGGUGCGUACCAAUUCAAGUGGUUCUUAGACUUGGAAACAACCACAUCGUCGACUACCAUGCUGGAGAGCCCCAUUAUGGAUGGUGGCGAUGUUGAUGGGACGGUGAUUUUGUCGAUGAGGGAGGAGGACGAGUCGUUGUUCGCCGACCUAGGGGAGUUGCCGGAGUGCUCGGUGGUGUUCCAGAGAGGGGUCAUGGAAAGGGAACAACGGUGCAAUUUAGCAUCAUGGUGUGGGACCACAGGUUGAGAUCGGAUGACACGUGUCCUGCCUAACCCCCAGACAAGGUUUCACAUUUGUCUUAUCUUUGGCCUCUUAGCUGGAUAUACUACAAUUUCAACAAUAGGGUGCGUAUCGUGCGCCUCAAGAUACCCAAUUAUUUUUUUCUUUUUAAUUUCCAUUUUCUUUUUGUUUUUUUUUUUUUUUUUUUUUAAAUUCUCCUUCACCAAGGAUCCUCUAGAGUAUUUUUUUUCUAAAGUUUCGUAAAGUGGUGUAUUGCAUAAAUGAGAUUUAAUGCUAAAAAAUUGAUGUGAGUUGUCAUUAAAUCUCAACCACACAAUGCACCACUCUAAAAAAUUUUAAGAAAAAAACUCUAGAGGAUCCUUACUCAUUUUCCUUAGAGUUCAGUGUAGUCAGUAAUAAAAAUGUCCUUAUUCAUGUUCUGUCUUGAUCUUGCUGUAAUUAACAUCGUUGUGGGUUUUAAAUCAUUUUAUAUUUUUGUAA